AUGGAAGGUACCUGGUUUGCCAUGAUCAAUGCUGCACUGUUUGUGAUGCAAGCCGUCGUGAACAUUGUGUAUGCUAAGCGAAUCGUGGCGGUCACACGUGGCUAUGAAACGCUGAUCACUCCCGCAAGUUACGCUUUGGCUAUGUGGGUUCUUGUCUACGCGCUGGAAGCGAUGCUUGUCUUCGUUGACGUCUUCGCCCCGCGAUACUCAAUGUUUGCUGACGCCAAUCAACCAGCCCAAUUACGUUUGUGCUUCGGCUUGACGUGCAUUCUCAACACGAUCUGGGUGUUCUUGUUCGUAUCAGGACACGUGUACGCCUCGACCGUUAUUAUCUACGCGUUGUGGCUGGUGUUGUUGGCGCUCUACAUUUACGCCGUUAAAGAUCGGAAUGCACGCGAGACGGGGCCAUUCGACUGGGUCCUUUACCUUUGCAACGAGGUUCCCAUUUCGGCGUACUUUGCUUGGGUUACAACCGUCGCCUUCACUGAGCUCGCAAUGUCCAUGCAGCAUUCGAAUCAAGGUUUUUUGCGCCUCGCGACUUACGUUUCGUAUCUUUGCGUUGUCAUUGUGCUGGCAUUGUUGACUUCACGUUACGCACAAGACUUGGUGGCGGGUCUUGUCAUUAUCUGGUACCUCAUCUCAGUUUCGACCAAGCACGUGCAUUUACCAGAAUCAGUGCAAUGCAUGGAUACCUCCGUUCGUGCAUGCGCCGGAGAGGGUGCAGUGAUUAUUGCAGCUGUGCUGGCAAUCAAUCUUUGCCAUUCAUUUAUGGAGGACAGGUAA